AUGGCCGCCCGGAUCUCAGGGCCAGAGCCAAAUGUGGGUCCAACACUAGCAAGCGACGUCACAGCUAUGCUCGGCCAAGGUGAUCGACUUUCAAGUACGGCAGAUUUAACGGCGUCCAUACCAGCCGAGCUACAGGGCGUUGAAGAUGAUGUUGUUGAGCCCGACAUUGGCAUUCCCACCGACGCAUGUCUUUCAGCAUGUUCACCGCCUGCAAGCGCCCCACCAUCGACCAGCCCAUCGAUUUUUGGAGAGUGGGGCAGUGCUACCGUGGAUGUGGCUACUGAUCGUGCGUGCUUCACGCCGCGAGCGGCGCAACUAGACAGCCUGCUUCAACCGGGUGAUCCGAUGACCUUUUUCAUGCAUUUUCUCCCUCCACGUAUCCUUGAAAACGUCGUUCGAGGCAGUGUGGAUAUCCAUCUUACACAGGAGGAGCUGCUCGCAUUCAUCGGCCUGCAGAUAAUGGCUUCAAACCAUGUUUUCCCGGUGGAGGAGCUCUUUGAGCCAUACGACGACGAGUUUGAUCGUCGGCCGCUCUUCACUCAAGUGAUGUCGCUGCGUCGAUUCCGAGAGAUCGCCGGAGGGCUACGUCUCAAUGAACCAAACUUGUGCAGCAACGACCCGUGCUAUCAAAUCCGUGGAAUGGUUGACGCUUUCAAUGAGCAUAUGGGAGCUCGCGCCGUGUUUACCCCCUCCUGCACUGUCUGCCUUGACAAAUCCACAGUGACACACCACAAUGAUCGCGUACCCGGUUACACGUACGCUGGGCGCAAGCCUGACCCUGUUGGCAACGACUAUCACGCCAUGUAUGAUGUUCAUUCACGCGUUCUUUAUCAUAUGGAGCUGGUGGAGGGCGCUGCGCGCACAGCGCAUUUGCCUCUGCGCUACGCUGAGCAUGGCAAAGUGUCGGCAUUGAUUUUACGGAUGACCGAGUCCAGCUGGGGCAAAGGGCGCGUCGUCGUGAUGGACAGCGAAUUCUGCACUCUCCCUGCUCUCGUGCUUCUCAAAAAAAGAGGCACUUUUGCCGUCACGGUUGCAAAGAAAGGACGGUCUUGGCCAAAGUACGUGCCUGGCGACGUUGUUCAGACGGACAUGGCUGGCAGGCCAGUGGGCGAGCUGCAUGGGCGCAGCGGGCAACUUGAUGGCGAACGCAUCUGCUUGUUCUCCAUAAAUCAUCAGAAGUACGUCUUGACGCUGCUCUCCACCUAUGGAUCAUCUGUUCAAAUGGGGCCCGAGCGCAAGGUGCGGUUGGCGGAUGGCACCUUGAUUGGAUAUCGCCGCAACGAGCCUAUCGAAGAUUAUUAUCAAGGGCGCCACGCUGUGGAUGAGCACCAACGCCUGCGCCAGAGCCACAAGCACGAUCUUGAGCGAGCGUGGGGCAACAAAUCUUGGGAUGUCAGGCAGCUGACGUUCAUUGUCUCAGUGGUACUGGUUAACGCACUCCUCUGGUACAAGUACCGGUGCAAGCCCGAGACGCCCAACAGCACGAUGACGAUGCCUGAGUUUCGAACACGGGUUGCCGAUGGACUGUUAACAGGCUACCUGAAACACAAAGCAAGGCAAACAAAGCCACACAAGCUUGUCAGCCUACCCGCGUUUCAAGGAUCAACGCCCGGAAAACGAGUCAAGAAGAAAUAUCAAGCAGUGCGGUGUCGCGGUGAUCGAUGCCGCAAAAUGGUCAGGCGACACUGCAAAUGCUCCGCGACGUUGUUUCUUUGCGAUGACUGCUUUGUUGACCACCUCCAGGCUGCCAUAUAA